CCCCACCAAUCGCCGGUGCUCGAGUCCAAAGACAUCAAGAAGAACUGGAAACCCCGCAAAAAGAGACAGUGUCCCGAGUGCAAGCUCUACUUCUCCAACCUCGCCACCCACAAGUCAACCCACCUCAAGCCCACAUCCCGCCCACACAUCUGUAAAUAUUGCAACCGGGGAUUUGCUCGACCCAACGACUUGUUCCGCCACGUCAAGUGCCACUGGAAGGAGAUCGGCAGCGACAAGGGACAGUUCAAGUGUCCGUUCAAAAACUUGGACACGCCAGACAGCUCGCUCGACUCACCUCCCCAAGCCAGCGACCACUGCUGUCACAACACCGGCAUUUUCUCGCGGUGUGACACCUUCAAGAACCACCUCAAGGCCAUUCACUUCCAAUACCCCAACGGCACCAAAAAAGACCAGCGGACAAAGGUGGUGGGCAAGUGUCGGAUGUGUCAGCUUGACUUCAAGAACGUGGACGACUGGAUGGCCAACCACAUCGAGAAGAAUGAAUGUCCC